AUGGAUAUAAGUACCGAGACCAGCCAGAUCAAGGAGUGGAGAUCCAUCGUCACACUCAUCGUCUUCUUCCUCGCAAACGUUGCUGUGCUGUUCCCCUUCAAGCUCCCAUUGCCUGUUCCUGUGUGGGCUGUUCACAAGACCUUGGACAGUCUGAGCGCGCUGAGAAUCAUCCCUCCGAGGGAAAAUGACUAUCACGAUGCGCCUCAGGAUGGUGAUCAGAGGAGAAGGCGUUUUGUGCCGCUCCAGUUCCCCGUGAACUCGGUCACGGCGCCCUUGAUCGCCGACCUGUUCCUCCUCGCCAUCCUGGCCAUCGGCAGGAAAGAAGUCCAUGACGGGACCAUCGGAGAAAACGGCAUCUUCCCCAUCGAUAUCAUGAUCUUCUUCAUCACCCUGGCAUACAUCGCCAUCUCGAUCGACGCUUCGGGCCUCAUUCGCUACCUAGCUUUGAAGGUGCUCCAGUGGGGAGGAGAAGUCGGCCACAGGCUGUUCUUCUACCUGUACGCAUUCUUCUUCUGCCUUGGGAGCUUCAUCGGGAACGACCCUAUCAUCCUUUCCGGCACCGCCUUCCUCGCCUACAUGACCAGGGUUUCAACCAACAUCAAGCACCCGAAGGCCUGGAUCUUCACACAGUUUGCUAUCGCUAACAUCUCAUCCGCCAUCCUCGUCUCCUCCAACCCCACCAACCUCGUCCUGGCCGGCGCCUUCCAGAUCAAGUUCAUCGAGUACACGGCCAACAUGGUCGUCCCUGUCGUCAUUACGGCCAUUGUCCUGUUUCCCUUUCUGCUGUACGUCGUCUUCGCCAGCGAAAGGCUCAUCCCCUACUCCAUCAAGAUGCGUGAGGCACCAAAUCAGACGAAAUCAAAACCCGUCAACCCCAACAUCCCGAGCGCCAAGGGUAGCGCGAGAGAGGAGAGCAUCACGCAGGAGAACACGGAGCAGCUCAUCGAAGAGAUCAUGAACCCCUGGCUCGAUAAGGGCGGCGCCGCCUUUGGUGCCGUCGUCAUGUCGGCCACGCUCGUCACCGUGCUGGCCAUCAACGCCGCCAGCGUCAAGACCAAGAACGACGAGCACUUCCAGGUCUUUUGGGUGACGUUACCGGCCGCUUUUAUCAUGCUCUGCUGGGACCUUGGGUUCGGAUGGCUGCGUCGGGAUGAGACGCGGGCGAUUGCAAGAGGAGCCCGCGACGAAGGAGACAGGUCCAGAGCUGGGGAUCUCGACCUUGAGCACGGCGAUGGGGGGAGAAGGCAGUCGGAUACGGAAAUGGCGACGAUGACGUCCGCCUUGCCGUCGCAGCACUGGCCGCGAAUCCAUGUCGAUUCCGCAAAGGACACCAACGACACAGGAAAGGCCCGAGUUACGGACGACGAAGCAUCGCCCGUCAGCCGAGAUGCAAGCAUGGAGAUGCCCGAUUCGAGCGGCCCGCCUGUCGUCACCCUUACUCCAGCGGACCGGGUCUCGGAGGGUAGCGGCACCGUCACUACCAAACCCAGCCCGCAAUUGGCCUCGUCGACAUCGACGACGGUGACGGACGCACAACAGUUGGACGGCGGGAUACCUUCCACCACCACCACCACCAGCGCGCGCGAAGCAAGCCACGAGAUGCCGCUCCCCGCAGUCUUGGACCCCUCGCCGCAGGGAGUGCUGGCGUCAUCGUCUACGGGACUAACGGAUGACGAGAAGCGCGGCGAGGACCUCGAUGAGGGUCGCUCGCGCGGUCACCAGGGAUCACACAGAGACCUCGCGCAGCCGCGGUCGACGCUACUGUCACGUUACCGCGAAGGGCAUCGCUGGAUGCAGAUGACGUUCCCUACCGUCAUGGCAGUGAUCUCGCACCUCCCGUUCGCGCUUGUACCGUUCGCCUUCGCCAUGUUUGUCUUGGUACAGGCGCUGGUUACCAAGGGUUGGGUUCCGGUAUUUGCGUACGGAUGGGACCACUGGGUCGAGAAGACCGGCACCAUCGGCGCCAUAGGCGGCAUGGGCUUUCUGUCCGUGAUACUCUGCAAUUUCGCGGGCACCAACAUCGGCACCACCAUCCUCCUGUCCCGUGUGAUACAGGCGUGGCAGCAGAUCCACCGGGAGAACGGCGUGGCCAUCAGCGACCGGACAUUCUGGGGCACGGUGUACAGCAUGGCGCUGGGGGUCAACUACGGCGCGUUUAGCACCGCCUUCAGCGCGUCGCUGGCGGGUCUGCUGUGGCGCGACAUCCUCGAGCGGAAGCACAUCCACAUCCGGAGGAUGGAGUUUGCGAGGGAGAAUGUGCCCAUCAUCACGAUCGCCAUGAUCGUCGGCUGCACCGUUCUGGUGGGGGAGAUAUAUAUCAUAAGGAAAGACGCGCCGUAUCACUUGUGA